CCUGCCACCCCCGCGCAUCCCGCUGCCGGCACUGCUGAGGGGCCACACGAGAAAAGACGACAUCAAUGGAGGACACCACUCCUGUGGCCAACUUGACAGACCCUGUAGGGGUUGGGAGGAACUCAUGCACUUUCCACGAGGAGUUCAAGCAGGUCCUGCUGCCCCUGGUCUACUCGGUGGUGUUCAUGGUGGGGUUGCCCUUGAACGCCGUGGUCAUCGGGCAGAUCUGGGUGGCUCGUAAGGCUCUGAGCCGCACCACGAUCUACAUGCUGAACCUGGCCAUGGCCGACCUGCUCUACGUCUGUUCCCUCCCACUUCUCAUCUACAACUACACCCAGAAGGAUUAUUGGCCAUUUGGGGACUUCACCUGCAAAUUCGUCCGCUUCCAGUUCUACACCAACCUACACGGGAGCAUCCUCUUCCUCACCUGCAUCAGCGUCCAGAGGUACCUGGGCAUCUGCCACCCCUUGGCCUCGUGGCACAAGAAGAAGGGGAAGAAGCUGACGUGGCUGGUGUGUGCUGCAGUCUGGUUCAUCGUCGUCGCCCAGUGCCUGCCCACCUUCACCUUCGCCUCCACCGGCACCCAGAGGAACCGCACGGUUUGCUACGACCUGAGCCCACCAGAUCGUUCCUCUGCCUACUUCCCCUACGGCAUCACCCUCACGGUCACGGGUUUCCUGCUGCCCUUCGUGGCCAUCCUGGCCUGCUACUGCCGGAUGGCCCGGAUCCUGUGCCAGAAGGACAAGGUGAUCGGCCUGGCGGUGCACAAGAGGAAGGACAAAGCCGUGCGUAUGAUCGUCAUCGUGGUCAUCGUCUUCUCCAUCAGCUUCUUCCCCUUCCACCUCACCAAGACCAUCUACCUGAUCGUCCGUUCCUCGCCCAGCCUGCCCUGCCCAGCUCUGCAGGCCUUUGCCAUCGCCUACAAGUGCACGAGGCCCUUUGCCAGCAUGAACAGUGUCCUUGACCCCAUCCUCUUCUACUUCACCCAACGCAAGUUCCGCGAGAGCACCCGUUACCUCCUCGACAAGGUGAGCUCCAAGUGGAGGCAGGACCAGUGCGUCACCUACGGCUCCUAGAUGAGGAUGAGGGCCACCUCGCAGCCACCGGGACAGGAUGUGGAGCAAUUUUGACUUUCAGCUCCCCAGAGCAGAGAUGGCUUCAGCUGGGGAUGUGCUGGAGGACAGAAGGAUGGCAUCUCCAGAGCUUUCUGCACUUUUCAUCCCACCUCCAGCCUGCAGCUGCACAGUGUUAACCCCACCGUGGCACAGAUCUGCUGUCCUCUCUCUCUGACUUGGUUGCUCAGUUUGGGCUGCUUAGCACCAUCCUGGCUUGGUGGCCAAGCCACUGAUGCAAUGAAAGCCACUGGUGAGACCAUGGAGAACACAGUGGGAUCAUGGAGGACAUGGUCCUGGCCCAAGGGGAGCUGCUGGAGGGCGAUUUCUCCCCCUCCUCAUUUGAAGGUUCCCUGAUGGGGUCAUGCAAAGACUGGGGAGGACUUGGCUCUGCUCCUACCUGUCUGGGGAACAUGAGAUCGUGCAUUUCUCCAGCUCAACAUAAGUGCCAUGGACAUUUUUUGGGGUAAUAUUGGGACAUCCCUCUCCCCCAGUCCACAGAAUGGGGCCAGCCCAGUAAGAGACAUUGGCCCACUGGUCUCACUGGUGCUGCAGAAUGGUGGGAGAGCAUCCCUGGCCAGACUGAGAACUGGAAAGGGGUUCAUCAGUGCAACUGGGAUGCCCACUUUGGAUUUCCCACCCAAGCAAUGACCAUGAGCUGGGUUAGUCAUGAGCCAGCUGUGUUUUCACCUGUCUGGAGACCUUCACCACCACCUGGGUCCAGCUUUCUGCUUGGCCCAGCACCCCAAAUCUGCCCCAUUCCAGAAUCCUCAGCAUCCUGAUGUCACCUCCUAACCAGGAUCCAUGAAAAUCAGACCCAACACAACAGGACACAACACUGGGAGUCAGGAAACCCAUGUCACUGAGCUACUUGGUGUCCUUGGCCAUGUCGCUGCACAUCCCACCAUUGGCUUGGCAUCUCCACCAUCCCCACGCUGGGGCAGGGCUUGAACUUGGCUCCCUGCAGCCUCUCCAGUGGGAUCCUGCAGCCUCUCCAGUGGGAUCCUGCUUCCUCCCAGCAAGGAGGGAUUUCUUACAUGGCAAGGGGUGGACGUGAGGCUCUGAGGAGCUUCUCUAAAAUACAGGAUGUAUAGAAUAAACCUACUGCCCUUUUCCAGAUCAUUGAACCACAAACUGGUUUGAGUUGGAAGGGACCUUAGAGACCACUGAGGUCCAACCCCCCUGCCAUGGGCAGGGACACCCCCCACCAGCCCAGGCUGCUCCAAGCCCCAUCCAACCUGCCCUUCAA